AUGGCAGCUGGGCUCGUUCGAACGGCGCGCUGGGAGCGAGACCACGACGGCAUCAACUUCCUCAUGCUAGACAUCAGACAACGACUUCCCGACUUGCAUGAAGUUGCCCUGAAUGUUGUCAAUAUAUGCAAUCGUGCGUUUACAUCUGGGGCUCUUGUGCCCCGAAAUGCAGAGUAUCGACUCCAGGAUAGAAUUCUACUCACCAAUCGCUUGUUUCCCGCCUCCGCAGCCAACGAGUCUAUCGAUUCAAGUUCAAGAUCAAGAUCUAAAUUGAUGGAGCUGCGGCAGAUCAACCACCCGGUCAAGGUAACCUCAAAUGGCUCUCACCAUCCGAAUGGAUACUUCUUUAUCGAGGAUGACCAACCUAAUUCAUCACGCCGCGGGAGGUCGAUGGCCAUUGAAAAGCGGAGAGCUCUUCAGGAAAUAAUUCAAAGGAUAACACAUCUCUUGGCAGAGAAGGAGAUUCAGCCUCUUUUGCCAAUUGUCUGGGGGUUUUCUGAUCUCCAACCUGCUCUCGCCGACAUCAGACGAGGCAUCUCCGGCACUUCGGUCCUUGAACCAAGAGCAACCGAUGUUAUACAUGUGUGGGGUUACGAGUUCGACUCAAGGGCAUCUUAUGUGCUUGUAGGUGGGCUUGGCGGUAUCGGCCGAAGUGUCGCUCGAUGGAUGGUGACUCACGGUGCGAGAAAUUUCAUCUUCAUUUCAAGGUCGGGCGCGAGCAGUGUUGCCGCUAAAAAUCUCUAUACGGAGCUGUUGGGCUCAGGCUGUAUUGUGUCUGAUCUGACAUGCGAUGUGACCAACAAAGAUGCCGUGACACAAGCGUUCAACAGCUGCCAGAAAAGCAUGCCUCCAAUUAAAGGGUGCUUGCAAUGCUCUAUGGUACCUGAGGACUCCAUGCUCAGCAAAAUGACCCACGGGCAGUUCCUCUCUGCCAUCACUCCCAAGGUACAAGGAACGAUUAAAAUUGCCUCCGCGCUCUCCGCCUCGCCUCUCGAUUUUCUGAUCUUCCUGUCUUCAUCUGCCGGGAUAAUUGGUAACCGUGGACAAGCAAACUACUCAGCCGCUAAUGUUUUCCUGGAUGCAUUCGCCGCCUCGCUCAUCCAUAAAGGUUAUCCCGCCACUCCAAUAAGUCUUGGUAGCGUCCUCUCCGUUGGCUGGGUUGCAGAAAACCAAGACCGCCUCCCAAUAGCCCUCUCCUACGGCGCAAUUUCCGAGCCCUUGCUUCAUUCGAUCCUGGAAUACCACAUGGAUCCGCGUUGGGGCGCAGCCCAAAUACCCAAAACAUGUCAUACAGUCGCAGGGGUCCGCUCUGCGAGAGACUUUUAUUGA